AAAAAAUACUCUUCACAAACAUUAGUGUGUAAGUGUGUGUAUGAAAAAUGUGUACCAAUAGAUUUUUUUGAUUAAUGUAAACUCCCCCAUGUCCGAAGUCCCAGGUGGCGGCCAGGCCCUAGUCAUUCACAGGGCGGAGACCGGUACGAAACUACCAGUGUAAUUUCACUGUCGAGCCUAUCACCGGCGCUUUGCAGUCACCACGAGCGGGUGGUGUCACAAUGUCUUCUUCGUUCUUUACAGUUCAAGUUAGACAGAAUGGAAGCACUCAUGUCUCAAACUUACUCAGUUGGAAAGGAUGAAUUCUUUGAACGAUCAUAUGUAUUCGUAGAAGGCUCUCUUGCCACCAUAAAGUUGAGUAAAAGUCACCACCCUACUUGGAAAUCUUUAAAGCAUGGAGAAAGAUUGUGGCCUUCUCGUAAAACAAGUCCAUGGACCAGACGACGUGAUACAAGUGUAGUAUUUGCUCUGGAUACAGGCAGAGUGCCCAGUAAUGGUGACAGCGGUGGUCUAGGUGGUACUCGUUUAGGAAGGAUAGUGGGUGCAGGAGGUCAACAGUUUCUGGCUAAACUUAAUUCGGCUAGGAAAAAUUUUCCAGUGAAGAUAUUUCUGCUUCUCCUAGGUUUCUACACAGCAAAUGCAUUGGCGACAAUCCUAGGACAAACAGGGGAUUGGGAUGUAUUGGUAGCAGCAAUUGUUGUUGCUGUGAUUGAGGGGAUCGGAAUGCUAAUGUACAGAAAACCUUCGUCUUCUUUUCUUACCGAGAGAUUGCAAUCUCUGGUAGGGAUGGUUAACUAUUGGAAAGCAGGUGUUUGCUUGGGCCUUUUUGUAGAUGCUUUCAAGUUAGGCAGUUGAUUAUUCCCCUGUGACAUUUUCUUUUUGUAAAUGAGCCCUUAAAUCAUUGUUUGUAACCCUAAUCUCUCUCUAUCUCUUGUUUGCCUUUCACCAGCAGAGCUUGUAUAGAGGAAAGCUUCAUACCUUUUACCUCUUUUAACGGUAAACAAAAGAAUACUAAUUUGAAUUAAAUUCACCCAUGCAGCAAGGAAAAGUUGUUAAUCCAGACAGGCG